UUGCUUGUCAUGGCGUCCUCCUUGAAGGGGGUUGGGUUCACUGCUUCUUAAUAAGUGCGAUAUUUUACGUUCCCACGGCACCGUCAGCUGAGAGACUUCAUCGCGUUUAGGGUAUCGUUGCACAAUAAAAUGGGGACUGUGCAUGCGAGGAGUAUGGAUUCUUACCCCAUGUAUGGGCGAGACCGGGGCGUCAACCCAGAGGAGAUAGAAGUGAUGGAGGCUGUACAAGAAACUAAACAAGAGAUUUUAGAAAAUAAAGAUGUUGUUGUGCAGCAUGUGAAUAUUGCAGGUCUAGGAAGAACUAAAGAGGAUUACUUGGGCUAUGAGAUCUCUGAUGUCUUCACUGCCAGGAACCUGGUUGAAGUGAUGAGGAAAUCCCAUGAGGCCAGACAGAGGUUACUUUGUCUGGGCAUAUUUAAAGACGUGGAGGUGGUGAUCGACAUCUCAGAAGGAGUGGAUGCGCUGCCAAAUGGACUCAAUGUUACUUUUGAGGUUACUGAGCUAAAACGUCUUACUGGCAGUUACAACACCUUGGUUGGAAAUAAUGAAGGCAGUAUGGUAUUGGGUAUUAAGCUUCCAAACAUGUUUGGUCGUGGAGAGAGGGUCACCUUCCAAUUCUCAUAUGGAACUAAAGAGACAUCCUAUGGCCUAUCUUUUUUCAAACCUCAGCCGGGGUAUUAUGAACGCAACAUUGCUCUGAACCUGUACAAAGUCACUGGCCAGUUUCCGUGGAGCUCUCUAAAAGAAACCGACAGGGGCGUUUCUACUGAACUGAAUUUCCCACUGUGGAUGACAGAUCACACUCUGAAAUGGGAGGGCGUGUGGCGAGAACUUGGAUGUCUGGCCCGAAGUGCCUCCUUUGCCGUGAGAGAGGAAAGUGGCCACACCCUAAAAUCCGCCCUUUCUCACACCAUGGUAAUAGACACCAGAAACUCAGCGAUCUUGCCCCGAAGAGGUGCUUUACUACGAAUCAACCAGGAACUGGCAGGAUACACCGGUGGAGAUGCCAGCUUUCUCAAGGAGGACUUUGAGCUACAACUCAACAAACCUUUUAUCUGGGGCUCUGUGCUAUCUGCAUCUCUGUGGGGUGGGAUGAUCUAUCCACUUACAAGUCAGCCUACCUCCAUUGCUGACAGGUUCUAUCUGGGCGGUCCAACGAGUGUAAGAGGUUUCGGCAUGUACAGUAUUGGGCCCCAGAGUGAAGGUGAUUAUCUGGGUGGGGAAGCAUAUUGGGCCAGUGGGCUCCACCUGUACACACCCCUCCCCUUCCGCUCGACCAAGGGCAGCUUGGCUGACCUCUUCAGAACUCACUUCUUCCUCAAUGCUGGAAACCUUUGCAACCUCAACUACGGAGAGGGACCACGCGCACAUCUACAGAAGCUAGCAGAGUGUAUCCGUUGGUCUUAUGGGGCGGGAAUAAUUCUACGUCUAGGAAAUAUUGCUAGACUUGAACUCAAUUACUGCUUCCCCAUGGGUGUUCAAAGUGGAGACAGGAUAUGUGAUGGAGUUCAAUUUGGAGCAGGCAUCCGUUUCCUGUGAUCUCUCCAGCUGAAGCAGGGAGUUGUGGGAUAGCUUUUUGGAGUAUUUGUUUGAAUGUUUGAACUCAAAGUGAGAGUUCUUCCUGCAUGCACACUCUGAGGAUACACUCCUUUUACCUAGAAGGCAAAGGAUGACUGAGCUUACUUAAGAAAAACAUCUUGGUUUUGCCCUAAAAUGAAAAUUCAGUUGUCAUUUCCUAACCUUCACGUCGUUCCAAACCCGUAUGAUUUUCUUUCUUGCAUGGAACACACGAGGAGACAAUUUUCUAUGCAAUGAAAGUGGAUGGUGACUGAGGCUAAAAUUUUGCCUAAUAUCUCUUUUUGUGUUUCAUGGUUAAAAAGAAGGUAAUUCCGGUUUGGAACAUUCAUUACUGAAUUUUCCUUUUUCUCUGUGAACUACACCUUUAAAAGAGGUGGCUGCAAGUGUUAAAAUAGUUUUCCUUGUACAGUUGUUUCCAAUGUGAAAUUCUUGUACGAAACCACACCACUGUCAUCUGAUAUGUUCUUUAGCAGUGUUGGGAGAUGUGCAGUAAAUAUUGUACUUCAGAAAAAGGCUCUGUGAUGAAACCCACAUAUAUGACUCUAACAAAGCACUUUUUCUCCUUUUAAAUGACAUGGUUUAGUGUUUAAAUCAGUUGUCUUCUCUAAUGCCAAACCAGAUAAAUUAAUCGACUCUGAUUUCACUGAACGGAUCAUGAGUCAACACCUUUGUGAGGUCCACCAGCAGUGCUCUUGUUGUUAGGACACUUUUUAUUAUUGUCAGAACUUGUUAUACUGUGCACAAAAUAAACAGUUUGGAUCCCCAAUUCACGUGCUAUUUUCUCUGAAAUUUUUAUGCACAAUAUGCCCAAUUAAUUGAAUCAGUUCUAUGAUUCAGUGGUUCCAUGUUUAUGUUUGAAACUGUAUGGCAAAAGUUGUCCAACCACAAAACCGGCAUGAUGCUUAUGUAAAACAAAAAACUACCAUACUAUGAGCGGAUCAAAAAUACUGUGUUUUGUUUGAAUGUAGCUGUGGUAUUUGUUCUUUAUUUUAGAUGGUGCUAAUUUAAGAUAUGACAGAAAGUGUGUGCUAUGUAAUGAACGAAUUUGUUGUUGGCACAUUUUAGAUCCACAUCUGGUCAUUUUUGCCUGAUUUUACAGAUCCAAGAGACAUUAUUUAUCAAGGGAUAUUCAAAAGUGCAAGGAUGUACAUAAGCUACUAAUAAAAAGAAAAUAACAGUGUCUGCUAGAGAAAUUUGCAGAAUGAAAAAUAAAGCAUUGUGAUUUAAAUAUGGAGAACUCAAAGAAUCAUAUCAAACUACAUAUUUAGUCCAAGACAGGGGGAUGAAGUGAUGUCAGAACUGUGGUUUUGGUCCCUUGAGGGCGAAAGUACACACAUCAGUACUUUCUGAUGGUCGGAACAAUUUUUGAGCAAAAUUAGUACUUGUUUUCAGUCUCCUUUUUAAAUGUAAUUUAUUUUUUUAUUUUUUUUUUUAUUUUUUUUGUGACUGACAGGUCAUAAAUUGCUUGAUAUUUGUCAUGGAAAGAUCUAAAAUGUGGCCAUCUAGACAUCAGUUAAAUAGCCGAAAUAGCAACUGAACUGCAUAAGUUGGGCCCUGCUAUUAAUUUUCAAAAUGCAUAUUUUCGUAAUGUACCAAGUUAGAAGGCCCUGUAUAAAUUACAGCAUUAGCUGAGAAAGACAUUUCUGUCAUGUGUAGAUAAAAUGGACUUUACUGACUGAAAUAUAUUAAAAUUAAUCAGAAUCUAAUUAUUAUAAUUUUUUUAUUAUUAUAGCAGUGACACAACAUGACAUUGUCCAUUAUUUGUCCCAGUUUUAAUAAAUAAUCCAAAGUAAAAAAAAAAAAAAAUCUGUCUGAAUUCCAGCAUGAAUUUUAAAGCCACCAUGUGUGUUUUUUUUUUUUUUUAAGUAUAUUGCUUUAACCCUAGAAUGCAUAUGUAACUUCACCCCACUUAAA